AUGUUCGAUGACGAUAGUUCUUCCAUUGGUGCCCUUCCCAUAUUCUCAACUUACAAAUCCUUGCAAGCUCCAUCUUUUUCUAAGCCGGUUUAUGACUAUCACCUUUCUUCAUCCUCCUCGCAACAUGAAGACGAGGAGAUUCAGAUUGAUGACAAAUUCCAAGCGACUCAAGGAAAUGAAACAGAAACAAACCCCCCUCAGGGUAAUCAAACAACGAAAAAUACAUCUCCUUCCAAACCACAUGAAGACAAAGGUGGUGAUAAUAAUGAUGAUAAGUCUGAGAGUUCCACCUCGGACACCAGCUCCUCGGAUGAGAAGAUCACCGAAUUGUUUGCCCUCCUGGAACUUUGA